UGAAUAAAACCAUGCAGAGUCAGUGGUAGAAAACUCUGAGGCUCUUCAUGAAUAUGGAUUAAUGUUCAUUAAAGCUUCGCAGCAGCUUAAAACCUUUAAAGUGAACCUGGUACACCUUUAUGCUAAAGUUGGAAGAAAAUAAGAAUAAGCGCAGGUCUACCUGGUGCAGCUUGUUUGUAUUGUUAUCGCCGUGUUAUCAGUUAAGAAAAGGAAGGUAGUGUUAAAGAGGUGCAGCAAGCUGAGGAGCAACCAAGCGUGUCCCAUCCCCACAGCUAUGCCAUCCCCUGGGGACGUAUUAGCUAGGUGACAGGAUCUGACAGAAGGUGACACUAUUAGUGGAAGGUACCAUGUGAUGGGGACAGUUAACAACAGACCAGGGAAGAAACCAGAGGGACAGCAGUUGAGCUAGAGAGAUAGGAAAACUGCUGUGAGUGUACUUUAACUCAGUGGAAGAUAGAGUUACUCUGGAGAUGGAGAAAGAAAGGACAUAUUAGAAGAAGGAUCCCAGAAAACAUGCUGUAAAAUCUAUUAGAAAAAAUUAUUGGAAGUUUUGAGCUGAAAUAUUUUAAAGGACAGAUUACAUUAGAGCUUUAUUUUUUUCUUGGACAUUGAGAUCUGUGGAGAAAAAAAAAGACAGAACCAUGAAGCACAGUAACCUUGUUUACAGGAAAGUCUGAGAUAAAAAAAAGUUGUCAUCCUUCAUAACCCAAUUCCCAGCUAUUCCCAGGAUUAAGGCUGUGCUAGGAUUGGUGACAGCUGUUGAGAUCUGAGGUGAUUGUAUCAAGGUGUCACCAACAGAUACCUCAGUACAGCCAGGCUACCCAGGCAAAGUGACAGAUUGAGCCCACCUUGAAAAAACGGCUGCUAAAACCUCAGGAUCCAUCCUCUGCACCUGGAAGUCCAGUGCCACCAGCCCCAUUAACAGCCACUGAUUGGACGACAGUGGCUCGAUAUGAUCAUAAAAUUCUAAUUAUCACCAGAGCAGUCGGAGGGGAAUAGCCGUUCCGCAAAUCUUGAGAUUAUUGUUAUUGGCACCAUGUAGUUGAUGUGUUUUAUGGAAGACAUACAAUUGUGAGGACACGUUGGAAGUGACAUUUCUAAGAAUUUGUUUUCAUGUCUUAGAAUGGGGGGAAUUUCUGAAAACUAGAAUUAAGAACACUGUGUCAUUUUUGUAAGAAAGCAGGAGACAAGACGGACAAGAUGGCAGCAGUUUGUAAAUAUGUCAUGUGUAAAAGUCUGUCAGUAUCACUGUGUGUUUUUCUAUCUUUACUAACAGUGGGAAGUAGUGGUUGUGAUUUUGACUCUGACUGCGGAUGGGAGAGUCCUCGUACUGUCAAUGGAGAGGAUGGCUUCAAAAUCGUGGUGGCCAGCCACCAUAAGCAUGGACCACACUUGGAUCACACGAAAAACACGCGUCGAGGUCGUUAUGCAGUUGCUGAUGCUAAUGUGACAGGGGCGGUGUUGAAGAGCCCCUGGUUUGAUCAGAGUGGCCCCCACUGCCAAGUCCACUUCUUUAUGCAUGUGGUUGGGAAGCAGGCUUUAAUGAUAAGGAUACACACGGUUUCCAAUGGCACCAAGACACUGAAAAAUGUCACGGCUUUCUUGGAAAAUAGCUGGGAAGAACAAGUAGUGAAUAUCGGCCACAUCAGCGAGCCUUUCCGUCUUUACUUCAUAGCCCUGAGAGUGGAGGGAGAUGAUAGAGCACAUAUUGCAGUGGACACCAUUACCCUGCCCAACUGUCACCCAGAUGUUCCAGUACGCGACACAUGCCACCUGCACCAGUUUAUGUGUGAAAACCAGCGCUGUGUUGACAGAGCUCAGGUCUGUGACAUCAACACAGAUUGCAGCGGAGGAGCUGAUGAGCUGCAGGAUUGUGAUGCCCUGCCCAAAAAUGCACAUUGCACAUUUGAAGAUGGUUGGUGUGGUUGGAGGAAUGUGGAAAGAGGAGAUCAUUUUGAUUGGAGUAGAAACAGGGGGUCCACCCCUUCCUUCUCCACGGGGCCCCAGACAGAUAACACCUUGAAAAACAAGUCUGGCUACUAUUUAUACAUCGAGGCCAGUAAGCAGCAGCCACUUGACACCGCCAUCCUGGUCAGCAGCAGCUUCCCGCCCCCUCCUGCCAUCAACUUUAUACCAUCAUUACCAUAUUACCAGUCUUGUAAGUUGAGGUUCUUCUACCACAUGUAUGGACGUAACAUGGGGCGUCUGGAGCUAGAAAUGGUGGAGAAUCGUGGCAGAACCAGAAGAAACCUGUGGAAGGCGGAGGUUGGCAGGAGUAGUGCAGCAUGGCAAUAUGUCGCCAUCCCCUUACUUAACGUGACUUCAAACUACUCUUUAGAAUUUGUUGCCACCCGUGGCCUGCGUUUCCGUGGUGACAUAGCUAUUGAUGACAUCUCUCUGUCACCAGAAUGCUUUGGUCUGGGUAUUUUGAAAAAUGUAAACCAAGCUGCAUUUAAAUCAACACCAAGACCAGAAAGUGACACUGAAAUCAUUGCUUCUUUUGGAAAUCUGUCGGUGCUUGUGUCCAAGGAAAUCUCUCAUAUUAUCACUUAUGCCAAUGAGAAAGUAAAGGAAACAACCUAUAGGUUUACACCCUGUGGAUCAAAGGGUGCACAUGGCCCCAGUGGAGAUCAGUGUUAUACUGAGUAUAGGAACACAGACAUGAGGGUGACAGUGGAGGAGGGGGGACAGUUCACAGGGGCACAAGUUUGGACAGUUCCUAUCUCAGGAAUAUACACGUUGUCUGCGUCAGGUGCUAGUGGGGGAUAUGGAGUCAGGAGCCACACCCCGGGGCAUGGAGCCACGGCAGCUGCCAAAUUCUAUCUGAAGAAAGGACAGAAGAUUUACAUGGUAGUUGGACAACAGGGCGAGAGUGCCUGUGGAAGUGUGAAGGAGGACCCAGCUGCAGCUAAGAGAUGCGCUAGAGCCCUGCAGACAGACGCCGACACUGUCAGUAAUGGAGGAGGUGGUGGAGGAGGUGGUGCCACCUAUAUAUUUACGUUAUCCUCCAACUCAGAACUGCCGACCCUGUUGUUAGUGGCGGGAGGAGGUGCUGGCGCUGGUUACUAUGACAACAUAGCACGUAAUGCAACCAACACCAAUCAGCCUGCUGGGAGAGGCAGACACGGAGUGGAAAUGAGGGACAACCCUGGUGCUGGUGGUGGUUGGAAAGAAACGUCACAACUUCUCCAGUCUGGAAAGUCACUGCUAGAUGGCGCCACUGGAGGCUCUAACUGUCCCAGCAGCCUGUGGAGUAUUACUGGAGGAUUUGGUGGAGGGGGCGGAGCUUGCACAGCAGGGGGUGCUGGAGGGGGGUACACAGGUGGGAACACUAGUUUUACUAACAGUCCGUAUGACAGCGGUUUUGGUGGAACCUCAUUUAUCAGCUCUCAGGGUAUAGACAUUACUGAAGAAACUGGUUUGCAGUCCAACUUUGGAGAUGGUUUUGUCCAGGUUUACCUGACUGAGGAGUGUAGCUGUGGUUAUGACUGCAAAGUAGAUGACCUCUCCUCUGACCUCUAUCACUGCUACUGCCCAGAUGACCACACCCUAGCCCAGGACAAUUCCACCUGUCUAGUUGUUCCCCAGUCACUGUACCAAGCUGACAUUUCUGUCACUCACAUCAUCGCCAUGGCAAUGGGUGGGAUAGCAGCUGUCGCCACGUUCUUCGCCUGUGUGGCUUGUGGCGUCCACUAUCGCCACAGACAGAUGGUCAAGGGGUCCAAACUGGACAAGGCACCACACCGCACUGACCAACAGCUGAGCCGACUCCGCCAAGGACAGAUCUCCCUCCCUCUUCCCACAGAAAUGAACCCAAACUAUGACUUUGGCUUCUCCAGUGGCCAGCUGGCAGAGCUGAGGGAUAUCCCUAGGGAUCACCUGAAGCUAGUCAGAGCCUUGGGUCAAGGUGCAUUUGGCGAGGUUUACCAGGGCAACCUGUCCAACGCGUCCAGAGGGUCACGUGACAUCCCAGUGGCCGUCAAGACAUUGCCUUCUCUGUGCACAGACCAAGCUGAGAUGGACUUUUUGAUGGAGGCCAUGAUCAUGAGCAAAUUCCAUCACCCCAACAUAGUACGCUUUAUUGGCGUGUGUUUUGACAAACACCCCCGGUUCAUUGUGCUGGAACUGCUGGAGGGUGGCGACCUGAAAACUUUCCUUAGAGAAGCAAGACCCAAACAGAAUGAAGCCCCCAAGGUCAGUAUGCUGGACCUCCUAAAACUGGCCAUUGAUGUGGCCAAGGGGUGCCACCAUCUUGAAGAACACCACUUCAUCCACAGAGACAUCGCGGCCAGAAACUGUCUGCUGACCAGUAAAGAUGCUGACCGCGUGGCCAAGAUAGCUGACUUUGGCAUGGCAAGAGAUAUCUACAGAGCUGAUUACUACAGAAAAGGUGGGAAAGCCAUGCUGCCAGUGAAAUGGAUGCCCCCAGAAGCAUUCUUGGAUGGAAUUUUCACUUCAAAAACUGAUGUCUGGUCUUUUGGAAUCCUGCUCUGGGAACUGUUCUCUCUUGGCUAUAUGCCGUACACAGGGCGAGGAAACCAGGAUGUCAUGCAACUAGUGACAUCUGGUGGACGUAUGGAUCCCCCUGAAAACUGUCCACCUUCAGUAUAUGCUAUAAUGGUGCAGUGUUGGCAUGGGGUGCCUGAAAUGAGACCAAAUUUUGAAUCCAUCAUACACCAGUUAAACCAGUGUCUACAGGACCCGUGUGUGGUGAAUGGCCGUCUGCCAACAUUCAACAUGCAUCACAACCCAGAGCACGACAUAACGAUCAUGCGCCCACACUCCAACGAUCAAGUGGUCCUGACCGUCAAAUCACGAGCUGCCAAUAACGACACAUCUGCCCAAAGCCAGGCAGACUCUGAGGACCCCAGUCAGCCAUUACUGAGCAGUGGCUCUGAGGAGGAGGCGACAGGGGUGUCACAGCAGGAGACACCACAGGGGGGAGAGGUCUUUGACCAAGGGGUACAUCACUAUACAGAGCAGUUCAGUGGUCAGCAGUCCACCCUACGGAGCCCCUUACCUCCACCCUCACCAGAUCACGACAUGUUUUCUUAUGUAUCUACAGCUCUACAGCAGAUCCAGAACAGACAAAGCAUGAGUAGCACCAGCAGUAACACCUUCUCUGUCAGUGCAGAGAUACACCAUGGUGAGGAGGAGGGGGGAGAUGAGGACGAGGAAGGAGGAGGAGGAUUUCAAUAGAGGAGACAGUAGGAGGGACUAUCAUGUAUCACAACCACUGUUACCAACUGUGGUGGCUCAGUCUCUGUUACAAGUGAAUGAUUCUCAGCCACUCAGUGUCCAGAGGUCAAGUCAAAGGUCACUCAGUGACCCGAGGUCAGGCCAAAGGUCAUCCUCCAAUGUGUCCAGCUUGUGUUCAAUGGAUCUGAGUCCGGGUUUCACCAGCCUCAAUUCCUCCCUGAAUCUCACUCCCAGUGUGCAUUCCAGCAGCUCUUCUGUGUUCUAUGCCAGUAAAACAAACACUAGGUGCUCAGACUGUAGUCAGGAACAGAGCACAACCACCACUGGUGAAAGGUCCACUCCUGUGAGUCAAAGGCUUUCUCAAAGUCAAUUAAAUCUGAGUACAGAGCAGGGGACAUCGAACAGUGCUCUGGACAGACCUUAUUUAUCUCGGCCCUGGUCACAUGACUCGUCUACCAUACCCAGCCAGGUGCUGGUACGGCUGACGGCCAUGCAGAAAGGCAACGAUAAACACAGGAGUGAUUCUGGUGUGGAUAUGGACAACAAAUCAGACACUGUCAUUCAGCUGUCAGCCACUGAGGAUUGUACUUGGAUAUAGGGGAAUUUAAAGUUGUCAGACAUUGAAUUUGAAAUUAAGGGAUGAUUGCCCAUGCUAGUAAAUCAGAUACUGAAAGUUAUGAAUCAAGGAAGAUUAGAUUUAUGAGGUUUAGGGUAUGAUAAUCGCUGAGCGAAUGUUAUGAUAGUGUUUAGAGGCACUCAGAGCUGGUGCAGAUAAAAAGUCAGUUACACGUCUCAUAUUGUGAACAUUUGUAAUUAACGUUAAUUAAUGCUCCAAAUAACUUGAUUUCAAAAAUUGGAGCAAGAGUAUGAUAAACAUUACAUCAAUCAGUAUUACAGAGGAUAAGGUAAUUUUUUUUCAAAAUAUUAUCUAUAACCAUUUGAUAUUUUUCCAUGCAUGAAAAAAGAUUGGUCUGAUACAUACAUCAGUAACUGUCUUGAAGGGUAAUAUGAGCUUUUAUAUAGUAACUGGUAAAGUUGUAUAAUCAGUCAGUUGAAACCCAUCAAUUUAAAAUGAUGUGAUUAAAUUGAAACCAGAUACAACAUUGUUGAAAUAAUAACUGAAAAAAUUGUUUUUACUGAUAUCUUGUUUGUGCAGAUCUCACAUUGUUAUGAUGCUUAUUGUUAAGUUGUGUGUAAAGCUCUUUGUAUUGUACAGUAUUUCCAUAUCUAAUACCAUAAAGUUCUUUAUAUCCUAUAUGUUAUAAUAACAGUUGUUUUGUAUUUUAAUAUUCAUAAAUUAUAUUAGGACCUAGUCUCGGGAGAUUCUAGGACUUGGAAACUAAUUUAAUUUAAUUUAAGUCAUUGUUAGUGAUUCUUUAAAAGAAUGACUUAAUUGCAAAAAAUGGCAAGGAUUAAGCAUCUCUUAUAAAGCUGAGGUGCUGGUUGAAAAUGAUUAUUUAUUAUGAUUUCACUACUUAAUGCGGUUUGUAGUGGUAAGUAUGAUCGGAUGUGUAAAUAGUUUUACUUUGUAUCUGCUCUUUAAUGCAUCAAAAUGAAAAUAAAAAUUAAAUCAAGAUCUCA